UGACUGAAAUGGCGGCUUUGUGGAUAAGGUUCCUUGUCCUAAUCGUUGCCGCAGAGGCCAGGUUCACUAGAAGAUGUAACGUCAAAGACUCCAUGACAGUUCACCCCGAAAGACCUCGGGCGGCUCCCCCCGGAUACCAUUUCAUAUCUUCAUUUACAUCACGAUUGAUGUCGAGGUUUAAAGUUAACCGAGAUGUCAACGCCUUUGCUGCGCUGUUUGACCGAAAAAUGAAAUGUCAGGAGCAGAUUCUUAUUCCUGUUGCUUGGCAUGUUCUACUGUCGUCUGAUGGAACAGGCAAUGUGAUUAUGGCAACCGUCGAUAAACAAAUGCAAGUUUUAAAUGAUGCAUAUCAAAAUGCAGGAUUUUAUUUCAAGUUG